CGUACGAGUUGAUUCGAGAGAUCACUUACUGUUAUAUACUUUCAUCGUUGUACAAGAUAUCGUCAAACUAUAAGACGUAUUACCGAAGGAUCUAUACAUUGCGGAGAAGUGAUCAGUUUCUCGGUGUCACAACAAGCGAAUACUUUUCAAAGAAAGUAUAAGAAAAAUAAAAUACCGUUGCGAGUUUCUCACAUUUCAGCGAGUAUCAACAUUUGCCAAUAUUACGUCUAAAAUCAUUGAAACUAACUCUCCCCGAAAAAUGGCGGCCCCUGUGAUCGAAAAGAAGCGUUUCUUCUGUCGAGAAUGGGCCUUCAUGAAGUUGUCACACUGCUUGGAGCAACGGCCAGCCUCGAAAACAUGCGGUGCUCUGAUCGUCGGCGGUCCCGGAAGCGGAAAAACCGCUCUCUGUGCGGAAUUGGCAUGGCCGUCGUCCGGUGCCGGCGCUCGUCACCAACGAGCGCUGAACAGAAGGCUCUUGGCCAGACAUUUUUGCCAAGCAAGAAGCGAGGCGUCUCUGUCGCCGGCACAGUUCGUCAGAUCGUUGGUCGCCCAGCUGCUGCAAGCCAGUACUGACGGCAUCCACCUGUCGUCGCCCGCCUCGCCUACUCCCAGCACUGGAACAACGUCACUCACGUCAAGAGAAGCCGUCGCAGAAUCAUACGCCGACAAGCUGCGUACAGACUCUGAAAUCCAGGCGGCACUCCAGCCUGACGUUUUGGACCGCGACCCAGACGACGCUUUGAAGAAGGCUCUACUCUUUCCGCUGCUCGAAGUUGAACCGCCAAAGAACUGCCUCUUUCUUCUCGUCGACUCGAUCGACGAAGGACAAGUACUCAAUCCUCCCCAAACCGGGACCAGAGACUCGAGACAAGAAGGCGACAAUGUCAGCAGGACGAUAGCCGAACUCCUGGCUAACCAUCAUCAUCUGUUUCCUCAAUGGCUACUCCUCGUCUGCACAGCGAGGCGACAGAGCAAAACAAUCUCGCGGAUGUUCACGGGAUUCAGAAAAAUCAGUCUGGAUGAUCUGAGAAAGUCACAGGUCGUCAGGGACGUUCAGCAAUACAUUCUCGCGAGACUCGAUCAGGAGGAUGCCCUCCGGCAACAUAUAUCCAGGGACACGGCGGAGAUGCUUAAUCAAUUGCACAUAAAGAGUAACGGCUGUUUUCUCUACUUGGAAAAAGUUUUGGACGGAGUGGCCGAGAACUUUAUCGUGCUACGGGAAGUUCGCGAAAUCCCGGGAACACACAACGGACUUUAUCUCUGGCUGUGUCAACGUUUGUUUAGCAGAAAACAAUUCGCCAAGGUUCAGCCUCUCUUAAAUGUGAUUCUAGCUGCUAAAUUGCCAGUCACUCAAGAGAUUUUGUACAAGUGUGUUUGGACCGCGAACACCUCCAUCACAAUAGAAGACUUCAAUCGACGGCUACACCUUCUUCGGCGUGUUAUUUCGGUUUCUAGAGCCGGUGCAUUGAUGCUUUUUCACCAUAGCUUUGCCGAGUGGCUUUUAGACGUGAAACACUGCACCCAAAAGUACUUGUGCUCAGCUCCCGAAGGCCACGCAAUGCUCUCCGCGUACUACACUCUGCGUGGUCCGGAAUUAAACUCCGACGAGAUUUGCGUCCUUGGACAGCAUCUUCAACGCUCCAUGACAAAUCUCAACGCAACAACCUGUACAUUAGACGCUCACACGCUUCAAGUUUUAUGGAUGAUCGGCAGUGGUGCGCCGAUUGAAAAUUGUUACCUGGACAGCUCUGAUUGCAUCCUCUGGCCAAGGCAGGACACGAAAUUGUUAAGAUUACUGGUUGAUGCCGGAGCUAAACCUUCGGAAAAAAUCAUUGAAGAGGAAACGAUCAGGGACGUCGUUUCUACUAGUCAGGUCUCGCAGGACGUUAGUCCAAUGGAAGAACCUCUGGGUGAACCGUUGACCGAACUCCUUGGGGAAAGCGGGGAUAUCAACCAAGCAGAUUCUAGUGGCCGUACUGUUUUACACACCCUAGCCGCCGAUGGGAAUGCGUCUCUUCUGGAACUGGCUCUUGCUGCUUGUCCACAGGCCAAGCUUGAAGCUACAGAUCGACACGGUCAGACACCUCUAAACCUUGCAGCAAGGCAUGGCUACGCUGAUGUAGUGCGAGUUUUACUUGCAGCUGGAGCUAGCGCAGAUCAUGCGGACUGUGAUGGCUGGACCGCCCUGAGGGCAGCCGCCUGGGGCGGGCAUACCCAGGUACAACUACAGCCAUGUCACUCCUCGCACAUCCUCAACAGUGUUAAAAGUACCCCCGAUGUAGUUGUCGAGCAGCUUCUAGACCGAGGAGCAAUGGUAGAUUGUGCAGAUUGGGAUCAGCGCACCGCUCUCCGAGCAGCUGCUUGGGGUGGUCAUGAAGAUAUCGUCAAAGCCUUAUUGCAACACGGUGCUGAUGUUAAUAGAACGGAUGAUGAAGGCAGAACCGCCUUGAUCGCAGCUGCUUACAUGGGUCACAGUGAAAUAGUUGAACACCUCCUUGACUUUGGUGCUGAGAUUAAUCAUGCAGAUAGCGAUGGUAGAACAGCGCUCAGCGUUGCAGCCCUUUGUGUUCCUGCCAACCACGGUUAUGCCAAGGUAGUAACGAUACUCUUAGAACGUGGUGCUGCGGUAGAUCAUCAGGAUAAGGAUGGCAUGACCCCUUUACUAGUCGCUGCUUUUGAGGGUCACAGAGAUGUCUGUGAACUACUUCUGGAAUAUGAAGCAGAUGUGGAUCACUGUGAUGCAACAGGACGAACACCACUAUGGGCAGCCGCAAGCAUGGGACAUGGAUCAGUUGUAGCAUUGCUGCUGUUUUGGGGCUGCUAUGUCGACAGUAUAGACAACGAAGGAAGGACAGUACUCAGUGUUGCUGCAGCUCAAGGUGGCACCGACGUAGUUAAACAGCUCCUUGAUCGAGGGUUGGAUGAGCAGCACAGAGACAAUUCUGGCUGGACACCGUUACACUAUGCUGCAUUUGAAGGACAUGUCAAUGUCUGUGAGGCAUUAUUGGAAGCUGGAGCCAAGGUGGAUGAAACUGACAAUGAUGGCAAAGGUGCGCUAAUGUUAGCAGCGCAAGAAGGACAUAGUGCUCUAGUAGAAAGAUUGCUAGAACAUCACGGAGCCCCGAUAGAUCAACAUGCACACGACGGAAAGACUGCUUUGAGAUUAGCUGCACUAGAAGGCCACUAUGACACAGUUAGAGUAUUACUAGCUCACAGUGCUGACGUUAAUGCUAAAGAUGCUGAUGGAAGAAGCACUCUCUAUAUUCUUGCAUUGGAAAACAGAUUAGCUAUGGCUAGGUUUUUAUUGGAACAUGCGCAUGCUGAUGUUGAAAGUAGAGAUUCUGAGGGAAGAACUCCAUUACACGUGAGCGCAUGGCAAGGUCAUGUGGAGAUGGUGGCUUUGCUUCUAACUGAAGGCGGAGCUGGAGUUAACGCAUGUGACAAUGAAAGGCGAACUCCCUUACAUUCUGCAGCCUGGCAAGGCCAUGCAGCUAUUGUCAGACUUCUUCUGGAGCAUGGGGCAACACCUGAUCAUACCUGUAAUCAAGGUGCAACUGCAUUAGGUAUUGCUGCACAAGAGGGUCAUGAACAUUGUGUCAGAGCUCUUCUGAAUCAUGGCGCUGACCCAAACCAUUCAGAUCAUUGUGGAAGAAAUGCUAUUAAAGUAGCUGCGAAGAGUGGGCAUGACACAGUCGUUAGACUACUAGAAGAACAUACGGCGAGUCAAAAGAAUUUGAGACCAGGAGUUAAUGGAGGUGGAAGCAGCAGUGCGACUUCUGUCACAUCCAACUCCACUGCUGAAACUAAGCCAUCAUCAGCUAUUCUCAAUCCAUUAUCCACCCAGUAUAGCCCUGCAGAAUCACCUGAUUCAACCAAGAGAAGAAGUUGUGUAUCACUUGGAAACAACUCAAGUAACAGCAAAUCGAGUAGUAAUUUAACGGGCAGUACCAAGAGUGAUCAAGGAAAGUUUAGUCAGAACUCAAUGGUCAACCAGGUAAUUAAAGCUCCGUUAUCUUUUACUCAACAACUACAGCAGUGCUCUCGAGGAGCGAAAAGUCGUCCGUUAAGCAAACUGUUGUCUCCGUUGAAGAGCGAGCCACAAAGUCCUAUCUACGCAUCGCCACCACAUUCUCCGUUAAGCGACAGUUUGAUCCCGUAUUCACCAACUAAUACCAGCCCACCCAGUGCACAAACUGCAGCGAGUGUGAUACAAAGUCAAUUAGGUGUAUCUUUGUUGACGGCUAAUCAAAGUAUACAAUAUAAAGCUCAAGGCGGAAUGUACAAUCAUACAACUGCCAUUUAUGAGCCAAUAAACAUAAAAACUGAAAUUAUUGAUAGAAACGACGGUACAAAGCCGUUCGACUUGACCAAUGAAAUGUUGGGCUUAAGCAUUGGUAAAGAUAAGAAAAAUGGGCAUGACGAAAAACGAAAUUCCGCAGAUACUCAUUUCACACGGGACACACACAUGAGAAUAAUAUUAGGCAAUAGCGGUGCGGGAGUCGGCAGAAAUGUGAAACACAUACCGGAAAACACUCCUGGAAGCGGCAGUAACCCGAAACCAAAACGUAACGGGCUAGUAUCAAACCCGGCUAUGAGGCUCGUUGCAGGUGUGAGAAAUGGUAUUGAAAAUGCUACAAAUAGAAACAAACCCAUUACUACAAGAGUCAAUGGAUUUCAGUGGAAGGCGGAGACACGGAAAGAAACUCCAUUAUAGGAGCAGUGGACAGUCAUCCCUCAUCCAUACUCUAGCCUUAGCUUCUUCGCAGUCAGGAAUUAUACGUGAAGUUGUCUACAGAUUUUCGAGAAGCACAAGGCAUGAUGGCAUAAAAUCAGUCCCGGUGUAAAACAUGCAGACAGUUUGGAGAAAAUUUUGAAAGUUGAAGCAAUAGUGUGCUUUAAUUAUCCGCUUUUCAAUUUGUGAGGCCGCAACCGGGCGUCACAAAUCGGUACUACACCUGGAGAACAUUUAUCAGCAAGAAACGAAAAUCGUUGAAUAAAUUCUUCUCCUUUUAUUUGAGCAAAAUCAAAUUGUCUCAAAUAAAAAGUGAUGAAAAUAACAAGAGAUUAAAAGAAUAAAUAAAAAAUAAAUAUUGAGCAAAUAUUACCUAAUACAUAAUACCAAAUAUUAAAUUGCAUAAGUAAUUACGUAUAUAAAGUUAGGAAAUAUAAUCUUACAUAAAAAAAACUUUGUAUAAAGGUAAUGGUAAUGAAAUUCUGUAUUGAUCUCACUAAUACUACAUAUUAAUAUCUACUAAUUAUAUUUUGAAGAGGAUAAAGAACAAACUCAAAUUAUAUAUGAAAUAUUGCAAAAUUUUUCUUACAAACACGAGACACAUCGUGAACAAAUAUUCGACAGUUUGGAGGAAAUUUGAGAAUAAUAACAACCGUAAAAGAAACGAAAAACUUCUCAGUAAUCGAUUUUCCUGAUGGAAUGAUUAUGGUGUUAAGAUAUAAAAGCUGCUUGAUAUACGUAAAAUUAUGGCCUAACUCCAACACGGAAGUGAGCCUAUAUGUAAAUAAGUACAAGUUAUUUAUGCAUUGUGCACAAAAAUCGAUCGUAUCUAUUAUUACAUCACGCUGUAUGUGCAAUUAGAAGUAGAUCAACCAAACAACUAAAUUGAGAAAUUUCAAUUGUGUAACUGUAUGCACCAACGGGGAGAAAAUAACACCCGAAAAAUAUUGAGUGGUCCAUCACUGAAUGGGAAUGUAUCUGGAGUUUUUAUGCAACUUCAAUCUACAAACACUCUAUUCUGCUUUAUAGAUGCUCUGAUCGCGAUGUCUCAACGCUGGACACUCCACUAACUUGCUUCACAUUCCACCACAAAUUAAUUAUGUAAUCCAAUUGAAAUACGCGAAAUAGAUACUGAACCUACUUUUUAUGGGAGCUAACCAAAGAUUACAACAGGAUUAAGAGAUUAAACGAAAAAAGCAUUUAACGAAUGACGCCCAAAGUAAGACAUUUUUUUUUCAACUAUCAAUUAUUUUUUUUACUGUUUAAGAAGAAACUCCAUCUUGCCUUCAUUUAUAAAUAAAUUUAAAAAGCCUUGCGGAUUGAAGGUGAUGAAUGAAACGGAAGAACUGUUAAAGAAUUGAACAAAGUUUGCCUACUUGCGAAUUAACAAUUAAUAACUUUAACAAUAACACAAUAAAAUUAUAAACGCCCUUUAGAUUAAUAUUAUAUAUAAAUAUUUCUAUACUAUUGUCGUAAUAUUAAACGUCAAUUCUUUCAUGUAUUAGAAACUACUCUCAUAUUAUACCACAUAAAUUGGCAUCGGACAAACGGGUCUUUAGAUCUGUGAAAUCUAAUAAAAAUCCUUUUAUGUAAUACUGAAAAAUUGCCUGACGUUUAUGUCGAUUUUAAUAUUUUCUGAAUCGUAGUAAUUCUCGGACCCGGCAAUUUGUGAAGGAUUUCUGUUUUCAGUAUUUAGACCCAACGCAUGUGUCCCAUGAAAUUAUACAUAUAGAACAAUAUUCCAUUGCUAUUGAUAAUAUGUAAAAAAUCAAUCUCGACUAAUCAACAGUACUUGAGUCUCGACUUGAGUUCAUGAUAAUUAUCGAUCUGGCAAGAUUUGUACUGCUUGGAAUUUGGUAGUUGAAGCUAUCACGUUGAAAUAAUUUUAUGGAAUUGAGUUUUUUAUGAUGCGUACUUAUAAACCCAUACUCAGUCGCAAACAUAAAUAAAUUUUGUUUGCAAUCAACAAGACUCAAAGUCUAUGUUUGAAAGGA